AAAAUAAAAAGGGUAAGAGAGGAAAGGAAAGGAAAGGAAAGGAGAGAAGGGAAAAAGGAUCUCUCUCUUGUGCUGCGCGGCGUUGGUUUGGCGUAUUGGAAAAGGAAAACGAAAAAAACAAAAACAAAAAAAUGAUUUUGUUUUGUGGAAGGAAAUAGCAGAGGAAAGAUCCAGAAGGGAAAAGGGGUGCUCUCUCUCUCUCUCACAAAUCACAAUUCGAUUCCAUAAAGGAAGAAGAGGAAGGAAAGGAAUAAUCUCUCGCUAUAAAAGGAAGAAAGGAAAGGAAAAAGAAGAGGAGAAUUUUCAUACAUACAAACAAACAAGCCCUAAGUCUCGUGCGCCUCUCUCUCUCUCUCUCUCUGACUCUCUGUCAUUGUUGUUGUUGAAGAUUGUUGAAGAUUGAUAUUUUGUUUUUCCACGAGUGCCGUUCGGUUCGAUUUGGUUGGAUUCGGCAAAAGGAUCUGUGGUUUUUAUUUGUGGUUGAUUGUGUUUUCAAGAGGAAGAGGUGGUGAUUUUGUUUUUUGAUUCUUCAGGCUGGUAGUCUGAGAAGCUUCUGGACUUUCUCCAUCUCUGAUUAGUCAACAAUGAGUGCUCCCUUCUAAUGAUUAGCUUGUGUUCCUGCACUGGGGUGUCUACCUCUACUCUUGAGAUAAGCAAGAAACAAGGCGCGACGGCAUCCUGUAAAGCCUGCGGCGGAAAGCCUUUGGUUAAUGGGAGGGUGCCAUCAACCAGUAGCAUGCCGGGUGCUGUUGGUUUGGAACUUACUAGAUUUGUCAACUCUGAUUUGACUUGGGCAAAUAUUACGAAAGGAAAUAGGAGUUCAUCAAGGCGAGCUAGGAAAUCACUGACAAGAAGCUUGAAAAAUAUUGCAGAGCUAGUCAAUAAGGACCCCAAAGCUGUGGACAUGCCUGUUUCUGAAUCUGAGAAGCUUGGUGUAAGUGUUCUUGGGUGCCGCUUCAGUGAAAAGGUAGAACAUGUACCAAUCAAGAAAAGGAGAUUUAUGUUCAGAUCGCCAUCUCCGCCACCUAGAGUCCCUUCUCCACGUUCUGAGGAGAAUGGACUGCUCUUGAAGUGUAAAAAUGAUUUGCGUGAGGAGUUUCAUCCCAAUCCAUUGGUCAAAUCACGAUCUGUUGCAAUUAAAGCUUCUAGUUCCAUGAAUGAUUUGGGUCGAAUAGUUGAUACCGAAAUUGAUAUUGGUGCAAAGAACCUGGUCAGGGCAAGUGAUAAACCUGAUGAAGCCGAAGAUUUCUCUGGUAUCUCAAUACUUGCAGCUGCUGCCUGUAGUAACAGUUUUGGAGGAGAUGAUGGCCAUGUUGAGGAGGGUUCAGGAAUGGAAGAAUCCUUUGUGUGUGAGGGUGCUUUUGAAGAUUUUAAGAAUAGUGAAUCAUGUUCUUUGUCAAAGGGAAUUUCCAAGGAAGACCAAAGUUCUGCUGAAAUUUCUAAAGAAGGAAGUGGUUCUUGUACUUCCAUCAUGCCUGCUGAAGAACUAGCUGCCUCCUCAAGAACUGCCAAUUCAUCCUCAAAUUGUCUGCCUCAAAGACAUACAAUGGAGGGUACAUCCUUGCAGGAUCUUUCUAUGGCUACGUCAAAGGAUCUUUUGAGCAAGAGUGAUGAGGGAACGGUUGGAAUGCAGGAAUCCUCUUCACGAGAUGGUAGGUUGCAUUGGGAUUUAAAUACAGUAAUGGAUGCAUGGGAGUGCCCUUUUGAUGGUCAGAGUUCUGGUUCUCAGACUGAUGUUGCUGUUGGCGUCUCUGAAUAUGGGAAAAGUACUUGUAGUGAUAGGACUGGGAACUCUGAAGACAAGAAAAUUGGAAGCAUUAAAUGUGAUGCUGAAAAGGAAACACUGUCAAUUAAUUCAAGAGAUAUGGAACAAGAAACAGAAAAAUUAAAUGUAGAGGAGCAUAAAUUGGAUCAGUGCACUGAUACUGAUAGUGCUAUUUGCUCGCAGAAAGGGCAACUUUCUUCUGAGAUUGAUUUGGCUCCAACUUUGGUUUCAGUUCAUGGAACACAAUCCUCUCAUAGUUUAGAGGGUGUUAGCCCUAAGUCUGGAUCUGUUGACUUGGUUCCAGUUGAUGAUGCACUUGGGCUGCGAACAUCUGCUGAUGCAGAUAGAAAUGCUUUAGCCCAGUCUGUAACGUCUGGCUCUUCAGUAAGCAGUGAAACUUUACCUUUGCAUCAGGUUGGCAGCUUGGAUCUUUGUUCAGGGUUCACUCAUACUAGACCAAAACAUUGUACAAGCACAUUUGUAUCUGAAGAUAACAGCAAUGCAGCUUCUGUUGAUAUUACUAGUAUGAAGAGUGUAGAUGACAACACUGCUGGUUUUCAGACAGGUGAAAUUAUUUCCCCUGGUACUAAGGUUGAUCUGCAGGAGCCCAUAGCUUUGCCUUGUAAUUCUACCUGUGAGAAUGAGAAUAUUAAUGGUGUAGACGCUGAGGGUGCUGAAGGAGCUUCCAUUCUUGAUAGUAGGAUUGCACCGACCAAUGUAGUUGGCUUGGAGGCUGGUCAAUUACAAGAAUCUGGGUCUUCUGAUAAUGCAAUGAAAAUUUCUGCUGUGAACUCCGAUGAAGUGGGUCCUCAAUCUUCUGACAUUUGUGUAGAGUUGCCCACCUCUGCUAUACUGGUUGGAGGUCAACCUGCAGGGAUUGUGGAUGUUAAGGUGCAACAAGGCAAAGUUUCUGUUGAAGAUAAUACUGAAACUGGUUCUCAAAUGCAUCUCGAUAAUGGGGAACCCAAGUCCUCUGAAAAAAGUGUGGCAGUGUUACACGCUCCAUCUGGUUAUUCUGAUGAUCUUGUUAAUGUUUCUGAUAAGGUGGCUCCAGAAGAACCUUUGGACAACAAUUAUGUUUCUGACGUAUGUCAUGAUGACGGGCAUUUAGCUGGAAUUGAAAAAACAAGUGAACUAGACAUGGAUUAUGAUUCCCAGUAUGAAGAUGGGGAGGUCAGGGAAUCCAUUUCGCAUACUUGGGAAGAUUAUGAUGGUGAAGAUGUAGAAGCUGAACAUGUGGACUAUGGGUCUGACAACACUAACACCUUGAGCUGUGAAGGUGAUCAAGUUAUGAAGAAUACCCUGGAAUCAAGCUUUCAACCUCAUCCUAGUGUCUCAUUAUUGACAGAAGUUACUAAGGCAGGAUCUGGAAAGGAAAGCACAGUCAAAACUACCAUACCUUACUUGCGAGGACAGUUUACAGGGAAAGAUGCAAGCAAUGUUGUUGGGACAAGUGACAGUAUGGACGACAAACCUGGUGUAAGUACCAGCAAGGUGACCAGAAUUGAUGAGACUGAUGCAAGGGGAGAUGAUAUGAGGAAAGCAAUCCAAUCAGCUAGUAUAAACUUCAAAAUGUCUGGAUGGGAGCAGUCGGAGUGUCAUAAAAAUUUUUCAGAUACGGAGACUGGAGUUAGAGAUGGCAGCAGCUGGAAGAAAAUUGAUGGUGAUUGUGUUGAUGGAUUUGAUGCUGAGGAUACUGAGGCAAGGAUGGCUGAAUCUGGAGUGUUUAAGAGGGAUCUGCGGUCGCGUAUUGAAGUACGACCAUCACGUGAUAUGCUUUUUGGAAAAGAUAGGCUAUCUUUGCAAGGAAGCAGAUUCAGUGAUGCUGAUGGUUUAACUCCUAGAUUUGAAAGGGAAUCUGGAUCUGCCGAAUUCUUUGGUAGGGGUAGAUACUCUCGGCAUGCUUACAAUAGAGAUCUGGGAGGUGACCGUUGGGUUGAUCCACCAGAAAGCUAUAGGGGCCAAAAACGUCAUCAUUCUCCUAAUUAUCAUGCUACAAUGAAUUUCCGUCAUGUUGUGUCAGAAAAUGGUUCGCAUCGGUCUCUAAGAAGUCGUUCACCAGUUGGAAGGGAUGAGGCUUUUGGUAUGCGUGUGGAUGUUAGACCAGCUAGAGAGAUCAGCCCAUAUAGACGCAUGACUCUUGGCAGGGGCAGGUCUGUAAGAUAUGGUCCUCAAGUUGAUGGGAGGGGACCUAGGGGGAGAUAUGGGCCACUACCUGGUAAUUUCCGUGAUUCUUCUUUUAACCAUUCACAUCCUCCAACCAGGAGAGAGAGAAGCUUUUCUCCUAUUGAAAGAAGAGGGAAUACUCAUGCGCAUCAAUUUUGCACAAAAUCUCCAUCAAGAUCUAGAACUCGGUCUCCUAUUUCUGGUAAUUCAGGUUUCAGACAGAGAAGUAAAUCCCCUAAUUUCAGAUCUGAGAUCAGGAUGCAGAGACAGCGGUCACCUUACCAGCGGCCUGGCUUUUUGGCAGAUCAUGUGGUAGGAUUUAGGUCAAUGCGAAGAGGUCGUGGUUCCCCACCUCAUAACUCAAGAUGGAUUGGAGAUAGGAGGGAAGGAGUCGGUCAUUUCAGGGAGCAUGGAUACAAUCAACGUACUUCAGUUAUAGAUAGGAGAUUUGAUCAACAUGACAGGUUUGAAUUGGUGGAUGCCCCGCGGAGCUACAGACCUUUGUAUUCUGGAAGAUUGUCAGAUAUGGAUGGAGUUGGUAGAGGCAGCCUAAGGUAUGGUGGCAACAAUGAUGAGAGAAGGAAGCAUGUUUAUAAAUAUCGGUCAGGUAAUGUUGGAGUACGUAAUGAUAUGGAUGAACCUAUUAAGCGGAUUCGUUAUAAUGUUGAAGGUUUUGUGGCGGCACGUAAUUCUCGUUAUCAGGAUAAUGAUGAUUUCCACAGCCGAGGGAAUCCUAAGGAUUUCAACAGGGGGGGCAUUGACAGCCGAAUAGGGGACAUACCUAGAAGAUCUGGAGAAGGAGGCCCAUAUGAAUACCAACGAGAAGGGAAAUAUGAUGUAAAAUCAAAUCCUUCUUCAAUGUGGGAAGGAGAAGAGGAUUCAUCUCCUAGGAAAAGACCUUCGUAACGAGACAUCAGAAUAUCAUCUUGGAUCCUGUUAGUAGGGUGAAAUAGAAGAAUGCAAAUUACGGUUUCACUUGACGGUUAACAUGUUUAUGCUUGCCUCUCGUCAUCUGAACCUAAUUGAGUAGCCAAAAGUAAACAUGAUUUAAUGUACUUGAGCGGGGAAUCAUUCUUGGAAGUUUCAAUUCAGGGACUUAAUCUCUAUGUUGUUUAGUCUACCACUUGCUGGUAUGGUCGUUGAUGCCACAGGGGCGAGUUAUAAUUAUCAAAACGCUAAUCAAAGACACAAGGACUUGAUAAACUUCACAAUUUUCUGAGCUAAUGCUGUAUAGGGGGGAAGAAUAGAGAACACUAGCUUUCUGGUUUCCACACAAGACCAUUGAGGAGAUUCCCUCUUUUACAUUGAGGUAGUGAUUUAACCGAAAACCUAGUCAGCUAUGCUUAUCUAUUUUAUGUUAUAACGAUGUAAAGCUCCUGCUUUCAUUUUCUUGUGACGUGCUAAUAAUUUUGUUACUGUACCGUAACUCAGGUCUUGCAGCCCUCAUCAGCGAAGUGGGUGAAGAAGGAAUUCAUCAUUGGGCAAUCGUAGUUUAGUUCACCUGGUCUGGCAAAUUUUUGCCUUAUCAAAAGCCAACAAAGACCAAGGUUAGCCAAAAUAGCUAUAAUAACCUGUAAUAUCUAGGAUUUUAUCACCAGUCAAGAAUUUGGGAAUGUAAAGAUACUAGUUUUUACCAUUCCUGAUCCAUUAGCAUAUCAUCUGAUAAUCCAAAGCCUCUUAGCUCUUCUUCAGAAUGAUGCAUUAAUAAGCUGUACCUAUAGAUAAUAGGAGAUAUAUAGCAACUGCUAAAGAUAUAUGGAAUUUGUAGUAUGUAAACAUGGUUUAAUUUGUUGACAUGGCAAAAGGCAUUACCUUCCACCAUAGCCUCGUUCCAUAACAAUUAUUUUUCCAUUGCCCAAAUUAUUUAGCUGCUCAAAUUGCUCUACUGUCCAUUUGUACCAUCUCAUUAGAAAUACUCGAAGUGUUAGACCAUGGGAGACUAUCACUAAGUUCAUGCCUGGAUUUUGGUCGCCUGGAGGCUGAAAGCGUCCAAUAUCAAUAUCUGAUCUCAGUGUUUCUCUGAACCCUGUUGCACUGAUACAGAUAGUGAAACCUUUUCUUGUAAUUUGACAAGACGAUGAUUGUCAACUAACAAAAUUACCUGUUAUUCUAUCAUAAACAUCAGCUGCGGACUCGCCAUUGGGAAAGCGGUAAAAGAAACGGCCAUAGAGCAUGCGGAUAGCUUUCUCAUAUCGCAUCUUCUCUCUAUCCUGAAAAUUGCC